AUGGCGGGUCGCCGCGCUCGGUCCCCGCCUCCCGGGCCCGCGCACUCUGCGAUCCGCCGCCGCCGCCGGCGACACCCUCCGGGCCAGAGCCGCCGGCUCCUUGGGCUGCGCUGUGAGCGCGCGAGCUGCUCACCUCGCGGCGGCCAAGGCUGCGGCGCCCGGAAGAGCGGGCGCGGGGCGCGGAGGGCGAGGAGAGGCCGGCGCGCGCCUACCCGAGCCCCGGGGUGGCGCCUCCCGCCGCGGCCCGAGCUCGCUCGCCCGCGCCCCGCACCGGCUCUGGGCUCGCCGCGCGCCCUCGCCGCGCCCGCCCGCCCGGAGGAGGCUCGUACUGCGGCGCGGGCCGCGGAGGGCGGACUCGCGGGCCGGCGGGAGGCGCGGGGGGCAGCUCGGCGCGGCCACCCCAGCGGGCUGGGAGCGGGGCGCUGCGAGCGCGCGGGGUCCCCACUGCAGCGAGGCCCCCCGGAGCGCGGCGUGGGGAGCUGGAAGGGGGGCGGGGAGGGCGGGGAGGCUCGCCUCUGGGCGACCGGAACAAAGCGGGAGCGCUCAGCCGGAGCCCGAACCGGGCGACCGUGCGGCCCCGCGUGCCUGACGCCGGCGGAAACGCCAGCCUCGCCGGGCCGGGCUGCGGAGCGUGGGACCUGGGCGCCGCUGCGGCACCGACUCCGCUAG